AUGGACUGCACAUAUACGACGCAGACCCUACCUGUUUCUGACGGUCAGACCGUCUCCCGUCGAGGCGUGGCCAAGAGGUGUUCGUCCCCUCCUCGCGCAGACUCAGUUGUCUCCAUGCUUCGUUCUCUGAGUCUCGAUGACGACUUCUUUGAGCGUCGAGCGCUGCGCGCUACGUGCAUACAGAAGACGCCACUGGACGAUUUCCAUCCCCAGGCAAGCGAGAUCGUUCCGGGACUGUUCGUCUGCGACAUUUACACUGCCACAUCACCGGCUGUUGUGCGUGGACUGGGCAUCACCCACGUCGCAUCCGUGAUCAAGCACGACUGUCCUCGAUUCCCAAAACCAAUGCAGCAUGUCUGGGUCCCCAUCGACGAUUCUCGCCAGGCGGAACUUCUCGGACACUUGGACUUUGUCGUAGAGUGGAUCGCCCAAGCGCUUGAGCAAAAGGGACAAGUGAUGGUCCAUUGUGUGUGGGGGAUGAGCAGGAGUGCCAGCGUCGUGAUCGCAUAUCUCAUGGCCGUGGAGAAGAUGCCGUUCGACAUUGCAUGCAAGCAUGUCAUCUCAAGAAGGAAGGUUGUGAGACCUAACAGCGCGUUCAUGCGGCAAUUGAAGGCGUAUGAACAAAUUUUGAGGAGUAGGGGUCAGCGUAGGCACUCAGUUUGA